AACUACUUGAUCAUCGUUCUCACUCCGCUCAUAAUCCUUCCUCUGCCUCUCGCAUUGCCUUCCUCGGUGAGUGUAUGUGGUUACGCGAUCAUCCUCAUGGCUCUGUACUGGAGCACAGAGUGUAUGCCUCUGGCUGUGACUGCGCUGCUGCCGGUCGUCCUCUUCCCCAUGAUGGGCAUCAUGAAGGCUGGAGAUGUCAGCAUUGAAUAUCUGAAAGACUCCAACAUGCUGUUCAUAGGCGGCCUGCUGGUGGCCAUUGCGGUGGAGCACUGGAACCUUCAUAAGCGCAUCGCUCUCCGGGUUUUGCUGCUGGUUGGUGUUCGUCCUGCCCUGUUAAUGAUGGGCUUCAUGAUCGUCUCGGCCUUCCUGUCCAUGUGGAUCAGCAACACAGCCACCACAGCCAUGAUGCUGCCCAUCGCCCACGCUGUGCUCCAGCAGCUGAGAGACACAGAAGUCCAGGCGGAUGAAAGAGAUUUCCAGGCUGGACAGGCUCAGGACAACAUGGCAUUUGAGCUUGAGACUAGACAAACUAAGCUGGAAAUGAUAGAUGACAAAAAGUCAGACUUUGUGCCUCAGCCGGAGGAGAGAGCAUAUGCCCAGGAGAUUAGCCCAGAGUCACUGAGGGAGGCCAGAAGAAAAGCAACGGAGUCGAAGUACGACCUCCUGACCAAAGGGAUGAGUCUGAGUGUGUGUUACUCUGCCAGCAUCGGGGGCACAGCCACGCUCACCGGCACCACACCCAACCUCAUCCUCAAGGGUCAAAUGGACGAGAUUUUCCCUGACAACGGUGGUGUGAUCAACUUUGCCAGCUGGUUCGGCUUUUGCUUUCCCAACAUGGUGCUGACGCUGGUGCUCACCUGGGUCUGGCUUCAGUUUAUGUUCCUGGGCUUCAACCUGAAGAAGUCGUUCGGCUGUGGCGGGAAGAGCGACAGAGACAAGGAGGCGUAUGCAGUGAUGAAGGAGGAGUACGCAAAGCUGGGUAGCAUGAAGUUCGCUGAGAUUGCGGUACUCAUCAUCUUCAUCCUGCUCGUGCUCCUGUGGUUCACCAGGGAGCCGGGCUUCAUAGACGGCUGGGCAACAGUGCUCUUCAAUAUGAAUGGCGCGUUUGUGUCAGAUGGAACAAUCGCCAUCUUAAUGUCAAUGCUGUUCUUCGUCGUACCCUCCGAGCUGCCCCGGCUUGGUGGUUACGGUUACAACGAGGCAGGUAAGCCGAUAAAGAGUCCCCCGGCUCUACUGAACUGGCAGGUGGUCCACGAACGAAUGCCCUGGAACAUCAUCUUGCUGCUGGGAGGAGGCUUCGCUCUGGCUGCUGGCAGUGAGAAGUCAGGCCUGUCCUUGUGGUUGGGAGAAAGCUUAGCGCCUCUGCAGAAAAUCCCCCCCUUUGCCAUCUCGCUGCUGCUCUGCCUGCUUGUGGCGACGUUCACCGAGUGCUCCAGCAACACGGCCACCACCACCCUGUUCCUGCCCAUUCUGGCUUCAAUGGCUACAGCUAUUAAGAUACACCCACUUUACGUGAUGCUGCCCUGCACCAUCGCUGCCUCAUUGGCCUUCAUGCUGCCGGUGGCCACGCCUCCCAACGCCAUCGCCUUCUCUUUUGGAAACCUCAAAGUUUUGGACAUGGUGAGAGCCGGCUUCAUGCUGAACAUCAUCGGGAUCCUGUGCAUUAAUUUGGGCAUCAACACCUGGGGAUACGCCAUGUUUGACAUGGGCACUUUCCCUGCGUGGGCAAACGUUACGAGCAAACCCUGA